AUGACUGACUAUUCGUCGUUGAAAGUGGCUGAUUUGAAGGCUGAGUGCAAGAAGCGCGGCAUCCCUCAGACUGGCCUCCGCCUCAAGCAGCAAUUCAUUGACAAAUUGACUGAACUUGACUCACAAACAGACCAGGUUACGACCGAAGAACCAGCAUCAACACCAGCAGAAGACCCUACCGAAUCACAGCCAUCUGCGCCAGAUGAUGUUUCGCAAGCAAAGUCGCAGCCCGAAGAACCAGAAAAUGAACAGCCCGAGCAACCAAAGGAAGAAGCAGUUCCACAAACCGAGGAAACAACAGCACCUAUGUCAGAAUCGGAUCAAGCUCGUGAUGGACAAAUGCAGGCAGAUGAGUCGGCCCAAAGAGAGACAGUUUUGGCAGCCGAUAUGAAAUCGCCAAAGGUUGAAGAUGUCGCAAAGCCUGCAGAGGCACAAACAGAGACAGCUACCCCUGCAGAUGAAAAGCCUACAGCCGCACCUUCACAGCUACAAACGGAUGAAGCAGCCCAAGUUGCGAAGAACGAGGACCCCGCAAAGGCCCAAGAAAAAUCGAUCACAUCUACUACCCAAGCCUCAGAGGUUGAAACCGGAUUAUCGACACCUCUCCCAGUUGAAGAGGUAUUGGAAGAUACACGCAAACGGAAACGCCGCAGCCAGAGCCCGGCCCCCACUCUAGAAGAGAUUGCGAACAGGAAAGCUCGUGCAAAGGAAUCAACCCCGCGCGUGUUGCUGAAGGACGAUGAGGCGUCAGUCCCUCGUGAUGAGAGACUUAGUGAUUUAAAGUCUGAAGACGAAAAAGCAGAGGACGACGCAGACAAACAACCUAUUGAGACACAAACAGACUCGCACAAAAACCCCACCAAGCAAGAUGCUCGGUUCCGCAACCUAUUUGCACCUGCCGUUGCAUCUUCCCAACCCGCCUCUCCCCCGAGAGACAUCACAAUGCAGGAUGCGGAUAGCACCCCCGCGUUGCACCCUGCAACUUCUGCCCUCUACAUUGAUGGCCUCAUGCGCCCACUCCAGCCUACUGCACUCCGCAAACACCUGGCCAGCCUUGCAUCCGCCCCCGGAACCACAGAUUCCGAUGCCAUCAUUGACUUCUAUCUUGAUGCUAUCAAAACCCACUGUUUUGUGAGUUUCACCAGUGUCGCAGCAGCCUCGCGGGUUCGUUCUGCCGUCCAUGGGGCUGUGUGGCCCAACGAGCGCAAUCGUAAGAGUCUCCGGGCGGAUUUUAUCCCUGACGAGAAGAUCAAGGAAUGGAUUGAGACAGAGGAGAAGUCCCGAGACCGCGCUGGCGCUGCUGCUCGUUGGGAAGUGAGAUAUGAGACAUCUGAUGACGGAACCACGGCUACUCUUGCCGAGGUGGGCUCCGUUCCCUCUGGACAACGUGAGUCAGGUUUCAAUCGUACUCCUCCCUUGGGCCCGCGCCGCGAUCUUGAGAAGCUUGCCCGUCGCCCUUCCAACGCACCUCCCACGGCUCCCGCACCUCCGUCACGACCUGGGCAGGGGUUUAAGCCUCUGGAUGAAUUGUUCGAAUCUACCACUACAAAGCCCAAGCUGUACUACCUUCCCGUUCCACGUCCCGUUGCCGACAAACGUCUGGACCAAUUUGAUGAACUGAUCCAGAAGGGCACAUUCCCACGUCGUGGUGGCGAUGAGAUGCGGCGAAUUACUUUCGAAGAUGGCGAUAAGUUUGUGGACAUUGGCCCAGAACGAUUCGGACCUGGACCUCGAUCUGGACCCGGACCUCGUGGACGGGGACGUGGUGGCCGGCGUGGUGAUUCAUGGCGUUCUUGA